GAAUUCAAACAAUAUAUUUGCUUCGUUAGAAAUUUCUGCUUCAUUGCAUUUGGUUGUCGCCACUUCACGUUAACUCUCAACUGCAAUAAAAAAAAAUCUGAGGAAAAACGUCCUGAAGAAGUAAAAAACGACAUAAUGAGUGAUAAUAGAAAAAGAAAUGUUAAAAUGAAACCUGAAGGAAACAUUGAAAAUGACACAAUAAAUGAUGAAGGAAUGAGAAACGUUGAAGAUGGUCAAGAAAGAAAUGAUAAUGAAGAAAUGAUGAGAUCUUCAGACAUGUCACCAUUUAAUGAAGAAGAGGUAUUACCUUUCUCGGGUCAACAAGAUGAGAGCAAUACUUGUGAAAAUAUAUCAUUAAAAAGUGCGCCACCAAUCUCAGUUGCUUCUUCUUUAUUUGUUAAUUACAAAAUGAUGUUGCUCACAAUCCCUGAAAGAUUAUUGUCUUCUGAUGUGACAGCAAUGAAAGAAUGGGCACGUCGACAAUUCUCAAUUGAGCAUGCUCAAGAUGCAACAGAAAUCUUACAUCAACUUGAUCGUCGUUUGAUCAUUAGUGCUUCAAAUUUAAGUGUUCUUCACUCGUUUUUUGAAUCCAUCAUCAGAUUUGACCUCAUCCACAUUAUUGACGGCUAUCUGGCCGGAGAUUACAGUGUUUUCGAAAAACGCUCAGCAAAUGAAAAACCUCGACGAGAAAAUCAUGGAACAAGAUCAAGUUAUAAAUCUUUAUUAAUGUCAACAAAUGAUCGUCUUUCGUUGCAAUAUUCCUCAACUGCAAGCAAACCCAUACCCAAAAGAAACAACGAUGUUAGCUCUCAUAGAUCCAUUCAGCGACCUUCUAAUCCUUUUUUGCCUGUAAACAUCAAUGUUUCCAACCCUGUUGCUAAACAUCCCCAUGAAAAUCAAUCGGAAGAUUCUUUAACUCAGAAACCGAAAUCAUCAAUUGCAACAAACACAAUCGUACGUGAAGUUCAUGUAAUGAAUACGUCAUUCAACAAUGCAAGCAAUCCUUUGCGAUCUUCUGGUCUCCCAAAAGGUAUUCAAUUUCCAGGCAGUAAUGGUAGGAAACACUCAAAGUUCAAUAAUAAUUCCCAGAACUCUGAAGUGGUGUUAACGUCUCGGGAAGGUAACUGGUUAUGUAGUCACUAUAAAAGACAUUGUUUUGUUAAAUUUGAUUGUUGUGAGCAGUUUUAUCCCUGUCAUCGUUGUCAUAACAAUCAAAGUGCGUGUGGCAACAAGAAGCUUAAAUCACGUGAUGUAAAAAAAGUCAAAUGUGCUUAUUGUAGCAACGUACAAGAGUUCGACGAAAAGUGUACGAAUUGUGGUGUUAAAUUUGCCGAAUAUUUCUGCGCUUUAUGUAAACACCUUACUGGCAAAGAUGACCAACCUUAUCAUUGCAAGAAAUGUGGAAUUUGCAGAGUUCACGGAGAUCGUUCUUUUCAUUGCGAUGUUUGUGGUGUGUGUCUUGAUGUACAACUGCGUGGUAAUCAUAAAUGUAGGGAAAACUCUGCACAUGAUGAAUGUUGCAUAUGUUUAGAGGACAUUUUCUCUGGCUGUCAAAUCUUGCCAUGUUCUCACAAAGUUCACAAGGAAUGUGCUGUACAAAUGAUUCGCAGUGGAAAAACUCGUUGUCCAAUAUGUCGAGAAAGUUUUGCUCAUAAACUGGAAAAGAAAUCUACGAAGAAACAACAAAGAAAGUUACGCAUGACCCUUCAAGGAAAUCUUUAUCCAUUAGAAGGGCAGGAAAGAAAUCUUUGUUCAAGGUUGGAAAGUGUUUGCGGCAAGAAUAGACAAAACAGUGAUAGCUUGCCCGAGAUUUGUUUCCGGUUUACACGUAAUGGAAAUCCUUUACAACAAGAGCAAGGUUUCCAACAAGAAACACAGCCAAGUAAUGACAGGCAUCUUCCUCAAGCAGAAAGACAAGGAGAGAAUAAUGAACAAUCAAGACAUCACGAUCAAAACAAAUGUAAAAAAGCUGUUUAUCGUAAUUACGUACAUUUGGAAGAAGAUCACUCUCGUGAACCUGUUAUUGGUCAACUUGUAGAACCAAUCAGCAGCCCUAGACUAGAAUGUACUACUUGUGGAAGAAACUUAGAAAUAGAGACAUCGGACAGUAGUCAACGCAAUAAUCUGAAAAAUGUGCUGUUGCAAAUAAUGCAAAAUUUAGACGAAAGGCAGAGGACUAGUCUUUUGCACGAAAUAUGCUCGUGUACGGAGAUAGAAAAUCCACGAAGAUCUAUGCAAGGAAGAGAAGUCAUGGAGUUUUUGAUGGGUCAGUUACACCACUUGCGUCGUCAGGGAAAAUGCAUUAUAUGCGUGCUAAAGUAUGCUUUGCAAAGAAUUGGAUGCUCAAAUUUAGUAACGAUAACAAGAUUAAUGGGCUGAUUGGACGAAGUCCUUUCAGUCAAAGUUUAGUUGUAAUUGUUGUAUAUAAUUUAGGAUAUUUCAUUUAUAUUUUUUAUUGCAUGCCAGAUUUUAUAAGUUCCCAUGCAGAGUUUUAUGUGUGCCAAAAUUAUAAUUAAAAAUUAGGGUGUAUAUACUUAACACUUCCUAAGUAUUUUCUCUCUUAAUUAAUUCAUGUUGUAGUAGUGCACGUAAGUCACGAAAUGUAAACAUAUAAAUAGACUCAAAUUUGUAAUAGUCGGGGAGAUUGUGUAGAUUGUUCAUUGCUAAUAAACUCCAUAAAACAAACCGAA